GAUAAAACAGACAGCAAUCCGCCGGCGGUCAAGCUACCAUAACUUUACUAAUUAAUUUCAAUCAAUCUCUCAAUAAAUUCAUAACUAUUUUAUUGCAUUGUUUUAAAUAUGUGAAUGAGUGUAUUUAAAAAUGGGGAAAAUCGCUUUCAUAAUUAUAAUUAACUUUAUAAUUUACACAGCAUUCGCUCCACAUAAUUAGCAUAAAAUCAUAAUUAUGGCAAUUACCGACGGAUUCUUAAUUAUAACAGUAAAACUAACCAUUCAAAAAUAUUAUUUCACAGUAAAUAAUUAAUUAUUAUUGUAAAAAAUAAUGUGUAAUUUUACUGUAGGCUGAGCUUGAUAGUCUUUAAUGGAGCAGAUUAUUUGAAACUGUAAAUAAUAAUAGUUUUAUAAGCAAAUACACAUAAAUCGAGGUUCAAUAAAAAAUAGUGUUGUAAUUAGUCUCACUGAGACGUUACUAAUUGCUAUACCUUUCCUAAGUAUAAUUUACUACGUGACGAAGUUUACAGUCCAUGAAAUAACCUAAGCAGUAUAUUACACUUAAAUAGUUAUUAUUUGGCUUAAGAUAACGCUAAUCAAAUUUGUGUGUUUUGUAAGUCUAUACACUGAUUUAUUUAACGACCAUCAACUUAGAAAACUGGUUAGUACAGAUCCAGCAAGCGUGCGCGUGGCAGCUACCAUCAUGGAUCUCUAUAGUUGCCUAAUGGUUUUUGUUAUGAUAACUGUGGUAAAUGGCGGUGACGAAACUAACUAUGCAGAACUUCUAACUGCUGGCAAUAAUAAUUUCACGGCAAAAAUGUUUUCUGAAGUUGCAAAGACUAACCAAGACAAGAGUUUUGUGUUAUCUGCCUUUUCUGUACUUACUCCGCUUGCACAAAUGUCACUUGCUUCAGAAGGAGACUGUCACGAUCAACUACUAACAGCCAUUGGUCUUCCCGAUGAUGACUCUACCAAAGCUGUUUUUUCAUAUAUGAAUUCUAAACUAAGAUCUGUAAAAGGAGUUGAUUUAAAAAUGGCAAACAAAAUCUACGUUGCUAAAAAUUACAACUUAAACGAUAAUUAUGCAGCCAUAUCCAGGGAAACAUUCGAAUCAGAAGUUAAGAAUGUUGAUUUUACACAAAGUAAAAAAACGGCAGAAGAAAUAAAUGCGUGGGUAGAAGAUCAAACUAAUCAUCGUAUAAAAAACUUAGUAGAUCCUCAAACCUUGACAUCCGAUACAAGAGCCGUUUUGGUGAAUGCAAUUUAUUUUAAGGGUAUGUGGAAAAAUCCUUUCAAUAAGAUGUUUACAAGAGACAGUAACUUCCACGUGUCACGUGAAAAUACUAUCAAAGUGCCAACAAUGUACAGAAAAGGAAAUUACAAUUAUGGCGAAGUAGCAGGUCUGAACGCCAAGAUUUUAGAAAUUCCUUACGAAGGAGACGAAUCUGCAUUUUACAUCAUUCUUCCUAAUAACAUCGAUGGAAUUACUGAGCUUGAAGAAAAACUUAAGGAUCCUUCUAUUUUAGACAAUGCUUUGAAAAGUUUAUUUGAAGUAGAAGUAGAAGCAUACAUUCCGAAAUUCAAAAUAGAAACCACAACAAACCUAAAGGAGAUUCUUCCUAAAAUCGGCGUCAAGGACAUUUUUAGUCCCGAACAUGCGAAGUUAAAUAAACUAUUGAAAGAAGCAGGUGAUUUGUACGUAAGCGAAGCCAUUCAAAAGGCUUUUAUAGAAAUAAAUGAAGAAGGCGCUGAAGCCGCAGCUGCAAAUGAAUUCGGUAUAUCCUACCUGGCUGCUUUCAUACCACAGACCAUCAGAUUUGUUGCAGACCAUCCAUUUGUAUUCAUUUUAAAAACGGGACAAAAUAUUAUGUUUAAUGGAAUCUUUUACUCCUAGUUAAACACAAACACCAUAUUAUUUGUCAUAAUUUAAAGGAAUACAUAAAUGUAACGAUUUAUUCCAAAGUAAAGCUGUGUUUUUAGCCGACCAGUGAACAAUUAGUCGUUUCUAUAUGACGUAUUUUAUGUUACAGUAUAAAAUAAAUAAAAACUGAUAAGUAGC